UAGUAUUAUCCGUCUUGGAAUAUUCGCGCACGUUUAUAAAGUUUUAAGAAUUUUAUAAUUCUUAAAAAAAUAUUUUAAAAUUAUUGUCAUACAUUUUGUAUACUAAAUUGACCAGUUUCAAAAAACCUAUAAAAAAAGCUUCUGUUAACUUAACUUGACCUUGCUUAUGCUUUGCUAGUUCUUUUCCGUUCAGCAACCGCGAUUGUAACAUGUCGUAUUCACCAGAAAGAAGAUCAGAAGAUUGGCCGGAGGAUUCCAAAAACGGGCCGUCUAAGGAUCAAGGCAAUUAUGAUGGGCCUCCAGGAAUGGAACCCCAAGGGGCACUUGAUACAAAUUGGCACCAGGUCGUGGAAAGCUUUGACGACAUGAAUCUGAAGGAAGAACUGUUGAGAGGAAUUUAUGCUUACGGUUUCGAAAAGCCGUCCGCUAUCCAGCAACGCGCUAUUAUGCCUUGCAUUCAGGGCCGUGAUGUCAUAGCUCAAGCCCAGUCUGGUACUGGGAAAACUGCAACAUUCUCUAUUUCUAUUCUACAGCAAAUCGAUACUAGUAUUCGUGAAUGCCAAGCACUAAUUUUGGCCCCUACUAGAGAGCUGGCUCAGCAGAUCCAAAAGGUGGUGAUUGCUCUAGGGGAUCACUUGAAUGCUAAAUGCCAUGCUUGCAUCGGAGGCACCAAUGUUCGCGAAGACGUUCGUCAGUUGGAGAGUGGUGUACAUGUGGUGGUGGGUACACCUGGUCGCGUAUACGACAUGAUAACUCGUCGUGCUCUACGUGCUAACACUAUCAAGCUGUUUGUACUUGAUGAAGCUGAUGAAAUGUUGUCAAGAGGAUUUAAAGAUCAAAUUCACGAUGUCUUCAAGAUGUUGUCAGCUGAUGUGCAAGUCAUCUUGCUGUCUGCCACGAUGCCAGAUGAUGUGCUUGAAGUAUCCCGUUGCUUUAUGAGAGAUCCAGUGCGCAUUCUUGUGCAAAAGGAGGAGCUUACCCUGGAGGGUAUUAAACAAUUCUAUAUUUCCAUUGAACUGGAAGAGUGGAAAUUGGAAACACUUUGCGAUUUGUAUGAUACACUUUCGAUCGCUCAAGCUGUAAUUUUCUGCAACACCCGUCGCAAGGUGGAUUGGUUAACCGAAUCCAUGCAUGAGCGCGAUUUCACCGUGUCUGCUAUGCACGGUGAUAUGGACCAACGCGAGCGCGAAGUCAUUAUGCGUCAGUUCCGUACAGGAUCUUCUCGUGUCUUGAUCACUACUGAUUUACUUGCCCGUGGUAUUGACGUUCAGCAAGUCUCUUGCGUAAUUAAUUAUGAUCUGCCUACCAACCGCGAAAAUUAUAUUCAUCGAAUUGGAAGAGGCGGGCGUUUCGGUCGUAAAGGAAUCGCCAUAAACUUUGUUACUGAAGCGGACAGGAGAGCACUCAAGGAUAUUGAGGAGUUCUACCACACGAGCAUCUCAGAAAUGCCCAGCGAUGUGGCUAACCUCAUCUAAGGAGCCUGCGCUUACCUGGUUUAUACUUUGUGUCCUGCGUUCUAUUUCAAUAUUUAUAAGGUGUGUGUAUUAGAAGGAGCCUUCUAAUAACCGCUGUGCCGAAUUUUUCAUUGGAACUCAUUUCGUUCGGACCGAUAUAAUCGUUUUAGUUUAAUUAAUGAUUACAUUAUACUAUAAUAGACGUAUCAAUAUAAGUUUAAUAUACAUAGUUAGGAGUAAGACCGGCUCGGCCGGAUGGCCCCCGUUCCGCGCAGGCCUCUCUGCCGCUUGCAUAGAGGUCUCAUCGGGUACUGGAGAGGCUAUUUCAAUCACAAAAGUUCUAGAAGAAAACCCACUGUAUUGUAACUUUUUUCCAGUUGUACAUAAUAUGGUAACUGUUUUUGUAAUACCCUAAAUAAAUAUAAUGAAAUAUCUCAA